AUGGCCCUACUACAGGCUUCAGUGACCUUAUUCGCGCACACCAUCGGCGCCCUCCUGAUUGGCACCGGAAUAUGGGGCAUGCGGGACGCCUCAGCAAUCGCGCCUCACUUCGGCAUCCCGGACGCAACGAAGGAGAUGCUCUUUAUGUGGCCGGCGGCGGCGGGCCGGAACAUCUCUGCGGGCCUCGCCGUCCUGGCCCUCGCCUUUGACGGGCAGAGGAGGGCGCUGGGUAUCCUCAUCGUGUGCUGGAGCUUUGCUGGUGUUGCUGAUAUCAGCAUCUUGGUUCGCCACCCUGGGACGGAGAACAAGGCGUUCACUUUCGGUCUUGUUGUCUGGCUCUUGUUCACGGGUACUGGCUUGGUGUACACGUGA